AUGAAGGUGAAGGUUUUGCUCAGAAAUCAUCAGGACUACGUUCGUCAGCGUAAGAGUGACAUUCAUAAGUUGCCUAGGAACUUGGACCCUGCAUUGCAUCCAUUGGAGGGGCCGAGGGAGUAUGUACGAGCCCUGAAUGCAACCAAACUAGACCGUGUGUUUGCUAAACCAUUCAUCAGUAGUCUGUCUGGCCACACUGAUGGAGUGUACUGCAUGGCCAAGCACCCCACACAACUAUCAACACUCCUCUCUGGGUCUUGUGAUGGGGAAGUGCGUGUGUGGAGUCUCUCCUCUCAGGAUUGCCUAGCAACCAUCCAGGCACACUCGGGUUUUGUACGAGGUCUCUGUACGGACAGGCAAGCACGAUCCAUCAUUACAGUCGGGGAAGACAAAGUGGUCAAAACAUGGCGAUACCCAGACAACCUCAGCGAUAUUAACUCUAAAUUUUCACCAGUUACUUCAACUAUUGGGAAAUCUGUCUUUCUAGGAGUUGAUCACCAUUGGACCAAAUCGAUAUUUGCCACUUGUGGAGAGAAGGUUGAUAUAUGGGACAGUGAUCGUUCGGAACCUGUUCGCUCGUUCACAUGGGGAGUGGAUAGUAUCACUAAUAUAAAGUUCAAUCCAAUAGAAUGCAAUGUUCUCGCUACAACAGGAUCUGACAGGACUAUCGCAUUGUACGAUAUUCGAGGUUCCACUCCACUGCGAAAAGUCAUUCUCAGUAUGAAAUCGAACGGAAUAUCGUGGAAUCCGAUUGAAGCUUAUCAUUUCACUGUGGCUAAUGAGGACUCAAACUUGUACACAUUUGACAUGCGUAAACUGGACCAACCACUGAAUGUACAUAUGGAUCACGUCAUGGCUGUACUAGAUGUCGACUAUUCACCAACUGGUCAAGAAUUUGUUUCGGGAAGUUUCGAUAAAACUGUACGGAUAUUUCGACGUGAAGAUGGUCGCAGUCGUGAUGUAUAUCAUACUAAGAGAAUGCAGAGAAUAUUCUGUGUCCAGUGGAGUGCUGACUCGGCGUAUAUUCUAACAGGGAGUGAUGAAACAAACAUUCGAUUAUGGCGGUCCCAAGCCUCGCACAAAGCAGGUAAGCUGAGACCACGGGAGAGAGCUGCGCUGCAGUAUGCUGAUAAGCUGAGACACAGGUUUCGGUUCCACCCUCAGAUUCGACGUAUUGCACGUCACCGGCACAUGCCCAAGAUGGUGUACAAGGCUGCUAAAGAGAAGAGAACAAUUUUGGCUGCUCAGCUGAGAAAGAGAGACAACGUCAUCAGACACAGUAAACCAGGAACUGUACAGCUAGUGCCACAGAGAAAGAAGAACAUUGUGACUGUUGUAGAGUAGGCUAUAUUCGAGGGCGUCUAUCUUUAAAAGCACAAUAUUUUUAUAUAACUCGCCCUCUAAGUUUGCUCUGUUAAAUAGGCGG